AUGGAGCUGGCGCUGAGUGCAACGGCGCUGGUCCUGCUGGCUGCGGCCAUCCUGGCAUGGGGCAGAAUGGGGCUGCCGGGUCCGUGGGGCGUGCCGUUCUUCUACAACUUUUUCGACAUCCUCCAGCACAAGGCCCGCAUCUACGACUGGUUUACAGAGAACACUCUCAAGUACGGGGACGUGUGGAUGGUGACUGCGCCGGCCAAGCCGUGGAUCGUGGUGGUGAGCGACACGAAGAGCAUCGACCAUGUCCUGCGUACCAACUUCGACAACUACAUCAAGGGACCCAACAUGAUCAAGAUCCUCCACGACUUCCUCGGCGACGGGAUCUUCAACACCAACGGGCGCAAUUGGAAGCAGCAGCGGCAAACGGCCAGCCACCUCUUCAAGGUCAAGGAGCUCCGGCACAUGGCCGAGAUCUUCCUGUCCCACGGCCGCCAGGUGGUGGAAAUCCUGGAGGGCAAGCAGGGCCAGGAGGUGGACAUGCAGGAACUCUUCGCCCGCUUCACCCUCGACUCGAUCGGAGAGAUCGCGUUCGGGAAGAAGAUCGGAUCGCUGGAGAAGCCCGUGGCGUUCUCGCUCGCGUUCAACCAGGCCCAGCUUCUCACCGACUCCCGCUUCCAAAACACUGACUUUUGGAUGCCGUGGAUUGAUACGGAGAGGGAGAUGCGCGAAGCGUUGAAGGUGUUGGACGAAUUCGCCUACGGCAUCAUCAAGGAGCGGCGCCAGGACUCCAACAUCGCCACCAAGACCGACCUGCUGUCGCGGUACAUCGGAAUGACGGACGACGACGGGGAGCCCUUCACGGACAAGUACCUGCGCGACAUCGUACUCAACUUCAUGAUUGCUGGGCGGGACACCACCUCUCAAGCGCUCACCUGGUGCUUCUACCUGCUUUCGCUGAACCCGGCGGCCAAGGCCAAGUUGGUGGCGGAGGUGGACUCCAAGCUGGGCGGCCACGAGCCGUCGUUCGCCAACGUCGACGAUCUUCCCUUCCUCCACGCCGUCGUCAAUGAGACCCUCAGGUUGUAUCCGCCCGUGCCGGUGGAUUCCAAGUCGGCGGUGAAUGACGACGUGCUUCCCAACGGCGCCGUGAUUCGUGCCGGGAUGUCGCUCAACUACCCGAUUUGGGUGAUCAACCGCCUGCCGCAGUACUGGGACAGGCCCAACGAGUUCUGGCCGGAGCGCUGGCUCGACGCCCCCGACCUCGGGGCCAGCGGCCUGCGCCCGGUGCCCAAAAACAACUCACUCCCCUUCAUCCCCUUCAACUUUGGCCCGCGCACCUGCCUGGGGAUGAAGAUGGCCUAUCUGGAGGUGAAGAUGAUGGCGGUGCUGCUCCUGCAGAGGUUCGAGCUCGAGCUCGCUCCCAAUCAGGAGGUGCAGUACAAGUCGGCCAUCACCCUCUCGGCCAAGAACGGGAUCCGUAUGGUGCCCCGUCUUCGCGAGCAGCCCACCACGUCCGCCUGA